AGACGGGGACUUUGUUCUAUAUUUUCAUUCAUUGGUUCUAGAAUAAUCAAUCAACACACACCGAUAACGGUGUAGGGUUGAUUGCAUCGUCCCUUCGAUACUUCGCCCCGAAAACCUCCUCUAAACCCCUUGCCCACCCCUAUCACCACACAAACAAACGCCCCUCUCAUCCUUCAGUUGAACUUGAAACCAACUGAUUACGAAGAUAUUGGGGAUAGUCAAUAAUCAAAAGCUGUUAUCCUUCUCCGAACAAUAAUUUAAUGGCACUUGUGCCGUGUGGAGGUACAUGGGUAGUACAAUGGGGGAUUCGUCCUCAGUGCAUGCUAAGAUGUUCGUUUCCUCGUGGCACGACGGUUUUCGACUCCAAUAAGUUAUUGGCAUCUCAGUACAGUUCUAAGGAGAGACAUUUGGGAUCAUCCUCCACAAGUCUAUUUUCCCCAGACUCUAUGUAUGUUUUGUUUAACUCUGGCUUACCUCAGAUUCAACGUCAUCAUCGUAUGGGGGCACGAUUUGUUGUUAGAGCUGAUAGGGAUUAUUAUUCUGUACUCGGGGUGUCUAGAAAUGCUAGCAAAUCUGAAAUAAAGAGUGCUUAUCGGAAACUUGCAAGGAAUUACCAUCCUGAUGUAAACAAGGAAUCUGACGCUGAACAAAAGUUCAAAGAGAUCAGUAAUGCUUAUGAGGUCCUGUCUGAUGAUGAGAAAAGGUCAUUGUAUGACAAGUAUGGAGAGGCUGGACUCAAGGGUGCUGGCAUGGGCACGGGGGAUUUCAGCAACCCAUUCGACCUCUUUGAGUCCCUUUUCGAGGGCAUGGGUGGCAUGGGGGGUAUGGGUGGCAUGGGACGUGCUGCUGCCCGUAACCGGCCCACACAGGGUGACGACCAGUCCUAUAGCCUCAUCCUCAACUUCAAGGAUGCUGUCUUUGGCGUCGACAAAGAGAUUGAUAUCACCCGUCUCGAGGCCUGCUCCACCUGUGACGGCUCUGGUGCCAAGCCUGGCACAAAGUCCGUCAAGUGUACCGCAUGCGGUGGCCAAGGCCAAGUUGUCACCUCUGCCCGCACCCCACUAGGUGUCUUCCAACAGGUCUCAACAUGCAAUGUGUGUGGCGGGACCGGCGAGACCUCUACCCCAUGCCCUACAUGUGGAGGCGACGGCCGAGUAUCGAGAACGAAGCGUAUAAGCCUUAAGGUGCCAGCUGGUGUUGACUCGGGUAGUCGACUUCGGGUUCGCUCUGAGGGUGAUGCAGGGCGACGUGGGGGCCCCCUUGGGGACUUAUAUGUUUUUAUUGAGGUUCUUGGGGACCCGGUUUUGAAAAGGGAAGGAACAAAUGUUUUGUAUACUUGUAAGGUAUCUUAUAUUGAUGCAAUAUUGGGGACGACGGUGAAGGUGCCAACGGUAGAUGGGAUGGUGGACCUGAAGGUGCCAGCAGGCACACAGCCAGGGACAACGCUGGUGAUGGCAAAGAAGGGUGUACCGUAUUUGGGGAAGCCCAAUGUGCGGGGGGAUCAGCUGGUGAAGGUGCAGGUCGAGAUACCAAAACGAAUCAGUAGUGAUGAGAGGAAGCUCAUUGAGGAGCUCGCAUCAUUGAGUAAGGCCAAGACCGCAAAUAGCAGGCGGUAGUGGUGACAGUGUUCUCUCUCUCUCUCUCUCUCUUUAUUGGUGGUAUGAGGCAUCUCUCUCUCUCUCUUUUGGGGUAUGAGGGCGUGCCUCAUAUAAAUCCUUGAAUUUUUUUGUGGGCGGUGAUCGUGGAUGUUAUCUGUUUCUAUAGAUUUAUCAUGGUUAUCAAUGUAAUGUUAGGAUGUUAAUUACUUUUCAAAGGAAAUGAAGGAAAAUGAAGUCACUGAUUGGUGUACC